AUGGCUUCUUGUACCAACCUAGCAUUGAUCGCAUCUUUAGCCUAUCAGGUGGCCUCACUAUCUCUUCCACCACUCAAUCCUUCUAUUCCAGACGUUGCAGUACCGGUGGACUACAAAGUAGGGGAGCUCUUAGUACGACAUGAGCCACCACCUCUACUCGACAGUCCCCCUUUCCAGUGUGACAAGUCAGUAAAGCCAGGGAAAAUCGGCUAUUUCUGGACCGGUUCCGGAGACAAAUCAUACAAGGAUUUUCUGGCCACGUACAGUCUCGACGAAGAUACCUUUGGCGAGUUGCUCUGGGUGACAGAUGUACCGACUGGUGGAAAUGAACCUCAUCACCUUGGUAUUUCUUCGGAUGGCAAGACCUUAGUCGGAGGUGGUCUCUUGUCUUUACUGAGUGCACAGGAUAUGGCGUUCUAUUUCGAUGUCACUGACCCAUAUCAACCAAAGUUUAAGAAGAGCAAUCAGCCGUCAUUGUCUGCCGUCACUGAUGAGUUCUGGGCGAAACCAGACGGGGGCUUCUUCAUCACCCAGAUGGGUUCUGCUCAAGGCACAUCCCCCGGUCGUCUCGUGGAGACAGAUGCCGAAUUCAAUAUCAUCCAUGAGUGGCCUGAAGAUGCGGACGGUACCGCUAAUAUACUCGGGGAGCAAUUCUCUCCGCAUGGAAUUUGUGUUGAUCUUGAGAAGAACAUCAUUUUGACUUCCGACUUUGUUGUCCCUGCAUCCAUUUUGAAGCCAACUUCUGGUGUUGAGUUCGCUGAUACCCUGCGACUUUGGGAAUUGUCUUCGAGAAGGAUAAUCAGCACCAUCACAAUCCCUGACGGUGGCGGUAUACAAGACGUGAAAUUCAUUCCUGGAAACCCUGAAAGUGCUGCUAUUGCUACAGCCAUUCAUCUUGGGCAGGUGUGGAUUAUCUACCCAUUUCGAAAGGAUGCAAAUGGCAACCAGGGUGUUGCAGAGCUCCUAUUCGAUCUUGGUCCCAAAGCCCGUGAUGUUGUUGCCAUGUACACGAGCUUGACUGAGGAUGGCCGAUUUCUCUACCUUACACUAACCACCACUAAUCAUGUUGCGGCUUUGGACAUCACCGACCUGAACAACGUAAAGAGACUCGACGACCCUGAUGAGGAGCAGCCUACCGUCAGUCCACACUACGUCAAGAUUACACCGGACCAGAAACAUCUCUUGGUCAUUGAUUACUUUGUUCAGACCGGGGAUAUAGGUGUUGUCAACAUCCCGGCCGAUUACAAGGUUCUUUAUUUGGACAUCAACGAUGAUGGCAGCCUGUCUUUCAACCGCACCAUCGAUUUCGCAAGCGACUUUGCCAGCCGUGGUGGAGCUAAACCUCACUCUGCUGUCAUCUUCGAUUUGACUGAUCCAGAAAAUCCACUCUACUACUAG